AGGCUGACGCACUGACGGCGGACGGCGGGUGUGGUGAAUGACUACGGAGUGAUUCGUAAAGUGAUUCACAGUGUGCAUUGUGAAGCUGAGAUCCACUUUAGCUUACUAGUCCCAUUUCCUCUCGUUUACCAUUCACUACUGUAGGUACAUACGAGAUUAUUAAAGAUGUCUUCCCGCAAAACUGCCGGUCGCCGUGCCACCACAAAGAAACGCGCUCAACGUGCGACAUCGAAUGUUUUCGCGAUGUUUGACCAAGCGCAAAUCGCCGAGUUCAAAGAGGCUUUUAACAUGAUUGACCAGAAUCACGACGGAUUCAUCGACAAGGAGGAUUUACAUGAUAUGCUAGCCUCUUUGGGCAAGAAUCCUACUGAUGAGUAUUUAGAGGCAAUGAUGAAUGAGGCACCUGGACCUAUAAAUUUCACGAUGUUCCUGACAUUGUUUGGAGAGAGACUACAAGGAACUGAUCCUGAAGAUGUGAUCAAGAAUGCCUUUGGUUGUUUUGACGAGGAAAAUACUGGUCAUAUAAAUGAAGAACGUCUUCGUGAACUGCUCACGACGAUGGGCGAUAGAUUUACGGACGACGAUGUAGACGAGAUGUACCGCGAGGCACCGAUCAAAGGCUCUAUGUUUGACUAUUUGGAGUUCACUCGAAUCCUGAAGCACGGCGCGAAAGACAAGGACGAACAGUAGUGAGGAUUUACUUAAAAAAGUUUAUCGCAUAUCCUCUCUCUCUCUCUUUCUCUCUCUCUCUCUGACAUGGAAUGUUAGAUAAUAUUAAAAAUUUCUCGCAUGUCUUUCGCGUUUUUUGGUUCAACGAAUCCUAGAGCCAUGAAACAUGAAUAAUUGUUUUCUGAUUUCAUUGAUUAGAAAAUUAUGUACGUACA